GUUUCAACGUGUAUGUUUGUUGCGAAUGCUGUUCAAUGUAACAGUUAAUAUUACAAAACUACAUCCUCUUGUUUGUGAAUGGAUACAAUCCAAUAAUUGUCCGGUUUGUUUCAGUAAAUUGUAGACUAAUGGUAAAACAUCAUUUAGAACAGUGAUUUCCGGGUAUACAAUACACCUUCAACCCAUCGCUGCAAUUAUAUACCACCUACCUUAUUGUUGUUGCCUUCAUCCAUCCAUCCAUUUUUUACCGCUUGUCCCUCUCGGGGUCGCGGGGUGUGCUGGAGCCUCCUCAAUCUUUCUCAUUGUCAGUUGACGCCCUCUCACUCACAUGCUGUGGGCUUUUACGUUGAAAGUGAGUCAGGAAGUGGUAGGUUAGGGUCUCACCAAGAACCUUCCGUAGAAAGAAUUCAGUGAAAUAUUACUGAAUUAUUGCUUACUUUUAGUUCGGAAAUUUCCUCUUUUUUGCUAAGACGCUGGACUCUUGUGAUUAUGAAUUCAAAUGGGUUCACUAACUAGCGUUAAGCUACCAUCGGUAUUGUGAAGUAUUUGUCGUCUAGUCAAAACGAAAGUUCAAAUUGUGACUUCAAAUACCUCGUCGUCUUUAAGCAAGCGUGGAAUGGUAAACAAGGCUCAUUGGUGCCGUAAGGAUAUAACAGGAUGAACUGGCUGUCUCAUUCUAUUCAUCUGAUGUUCCUCCUUGACUGCGUGCUCGCUUCACUUCCUGCUCCGUGUAACCUAUCGGUUGACUCCGUUCACUUCCUCCAUAUCCUGCAUUGGGAUCCUGGGCCUGGAUCUCCAGCAGGAACUCAGUACAAGGUCUUCGCAAGGUUGAGGGGAAGUAAGGAAAGAAAACCGCAGAACAACACGACAACGGCAACAUAUUUACAGCUGGACUUGGACAAUUUUAAGUAUUACUUGAGCGUGGAAGCGCUCCACAACGGAACCUGGUCUGCAGCGUCAAAAGAAGUUCCCUUCAAUCCAAUUGAACAAACGAUCAUAGGCCCUCCAAAAGUCAUACUGGCUGAGAAUGGCAACAGCAUUCAAAUCAACAUAUCACUGCCUGAGGCUGACAAAAGCUCGAAAAUACGCAACAACAACAUCAUUGCCUUCUACGGAGCUAAGUUUAAAGUCUUGUGGAGGAAAUCUAAAAAAAUAGAGGGAUCCACAGAAACAAAAGAGAAGAGUGUUACUCUCUCCAACUUGGAGGCAGCCACGGAGUACUGUGUACAGGUUCAGAUUAUUAUUACCAUGAAUAAGAACACCAAGCCAUCAGACUGGGUCUGCAAUUUUACUGGCGGAGCAGAGUCGAGAGUUUCUUCUUUAGGUACAAUUGUUGGACCUACGAUUUUGGGCAUUUGUGUUAUGAUGGCCUUGUUGAGUGGUCUUUACUUCGCUGGAUUCAUUGGGAAACUGAAGGACACCGUUCCAAAUGCAUUAAAUAAUAUCCUGGCCCAUGCUCCAUGGUGGCCGUUACAGGAAGUCAUCCCUGAUUUGAUCUCCACUUGCUCGGAGACACACAGACAAAAGGACACCUCAGCAUUAUUUUCUGCCACCAAUACCACGAGCUCAGGGGAAGAGGAGUACGAUGAAGUCGGUGAAGAGAGUAAGGUGUACAUCGACAGACAUGCUGAAAACGCUGUCGGGCAAAGUUUAUGCCGGGAAUAUGAUUUAUUCAGAACGGACCAGUCGACUCAGUCGCAAGAUUCGCAGAGUUCCACUAUCAGGUCUGACACUAAAGCAGAUACAGAUGACUCAGCACUUCAGACUGUUCCUGGGGAAGAAGAGAGCAGAGUUGAACAAGGAGAUUCUAAUAAAUGGUUUGAGACUGCGAUCAAAGUUCAAGCCACAUGUGAGUCAGACGAGGAAAUGAAGGAGAACAUCUGCGACAUCUCCGAGGACGUCGACCUUUUCACCGUCACUCUGGAUCCACUCGCUGUUCGGGAGAAAGAGAAUCUGAAAAGCACAAACUUAAACCUGUCUGAUCAGGAGCUUUUCAUGUCCACGCCUACAAAGUGGACUUUGUUGCAAGAAGACCAACCGACUGACUCAGAUGAUCUGAAACCAAUGCAGUUCUCAGAUUUAGAUGAGGCUUGCUGUGAGAGCAGCGAUGAUGAGGAAGAACAAUCUGUGGGAUAUAUUGGACGCUGAAAAAUAGCAUGCAUGAAGUAUUACUGUCCAAUCUCCCAAAUAUAUCGUCGUACCACAUAAAAGUGUCUAUAAUACGAUACAAUUCUUCAUUGUAUACAGUAUAUAAGAGUUUUACAAUGCUACUGCUUUGUGAUGGAACAAAAUGGAAACUAAAUCAACAAAACCCGGAGAGGAACUGGUGCCAAGAAGUGUUUCCAUUCAAAUAUUGUCAAUACGUGGACUUUGGGGUUUGUUUUCCCAUGGUGCAAAGGAAAGUUGGCGCGGGCAUGGUGUGAAUGUAAGUACCGUAUUUUUCGGACUAUAAGUCGCAGUUUUUUUCACAGUUUGGCCGGGGGUGCGACUUAUACUCCCGUGCGACUUAUGUAUGUUUUUUUCCUUCUUUAUUAUGCAUUUUCGGCCGGUGCGACUUAUACUCCGGAGCGACUUAUACUCCGAAAAAUACGGUACAUGUUUAAUUUUACACUAACAAAAAGAACAAACGAAAAGCGCGCACAAGGCGGAAGUACAAAAACUUGGCCAAUGAAACAAAAACUUGCACAAAGGCAAAAACGCUAAACAUGAAAUACACAACACUUAUUGUGGCAUGAAAAACGUGCAUGAAACAAUGGCUUGGCAUGACAGGUAGCAGAGGUAGAAAGGUUAGAUAGAUAGCAUGGUACAUUGGCGUUGUUAGGCCUAUUUUAGGGGGGCUCAAGCCCCCCUAAAAUAUUUUUAAGCCCCCCUAAAUAAUU